CGUUCGCUCGGGAUCAGGAACGGUGAGCUCCCGGGACCGCAGUGCCCCGAGAACGCAGCCGGGUGCUGAGCCUCCGGAGUCCGGUAGCUGAAUGAAAUACGCAGGGAUCCCCAGCCGGACCCAAAUCUUGCGUCCCUGCCAGCAUCCUGGAGUCCUAAGAGGCAGGGAUUGGAGCGGACAGGAUCUCAGAACUCUGGUUCCAGGCGCAUUAACGGCGGAGUCGCUGUUCCUGGUGCUGAAACGCUCAGUCCUGGAAGAGCGUGGCCGCCUGACCGCCUGGUACCGCGCCGCGGCCGCUGCGAGGAACUGUCCAGUGCUGAAAACGGAUGCGGCCCGGGCCGCAGGGCUCAGACCCGAGCCUGCCGCACCCAGCGGAGCUCGGACAGAGCUCCUGGAAGCGCUGACGCAGAGCUAGGGGAGAGCCGGAGCGGCGAGCUCCAAGCCGGGCAUGGACCUGCAGAGACCCGAUUCCUACCAGGGAGGAGCUGGCCCUGACUUCAACGAGCAUGUCCUGCAUAAGACCAUCCUGGUGGGCGACAGUGGUGUGGGAAAGACGUCUCUGCUGGUUCAGUUCGAUCAGGGCAAGUUCAUCCCUGGCUCCUUCUCGGCCACCGUGGGCAUCGGAUUCACGGUGAUGCUUCUGGGAGACACAGGCGUCGGCAAAACGUGUUUCCUGAUCCAAUUCAAAGACGGGGCCUUCCUGUCCGGAACCUUCAUAGCCACCGUCGGCAUAGACUUCAGGAACAAGGUGGUGACCGUGGAUGGCGUGAGAGUGAAGCUGCAGAUCUGGGACACCGCCGGGCAGGAACGGUUCCGAAGCGUCACCCAUGCUUAUUACAGAGAUGCCCAGGCCUUGCUUCUGCUGUACGACAUCACCAACAAAUCUUCUUUCGACAACAUCAGGGCCUGGCUCACUGAGAUUCAUGAGUAUGCCCAGAGGGACGUGGUGAUCAUGCUGCUCGGCAACAAGGCGGAUAUGAGCAGCGAAAGAGUGAUCCGUUCCGAAGACGGAGAGACCCUGGCCAGGGAGUACGGUGUUCCCUUCCUGGAGACCAGCGCCAAGACUGGCAUGAAUGUGGAGUUAGCCUUUCUGGCCAUCGCCAAGGAACUGAAAUACCGAGCCGGGCAGCAGGCGGAUGAGCCCAGCUUCCAGAUCCGAGACUACGUAGAGUCCCAGAAGAAGCGCUCCAGCUGCUGCUCCUUUGUGUGAAUCCCAGGGGGCAGAGAGGAGGCUCUGGAGGCCCACAGGAUGCAGCUGGCCCCCCCAGGCCUGGCUUAUUCCGAGCGGCUGAGCCAAUGGGGAGAAAGAUGGAGGACUCACUGCAUAGCCCCUUCCUAGCAGGGAGCUACACUCCAGCUCCUACUUGAGUUCCUGCAGUCUCCCCGCAUCCAUAGGGAGGGUAAAACACUUAGCUUUUAUUUUAAUAGUACAUAAUUUAAUACCAAAAAAGGCACGUGGAUGCCCAAAAAACCGAGGCUGGGACCUAGUGGCCCUUUUGCUUUCUAGUACUUGGGGGGCUGGCCCUCCCUCCUAAGCAUAACAAAGUGGUGUUGCUCCAGCUCAGCCCUGGGGGACACAGAUGCACUUUGGGGGUGAGGGCAGGUAACGACUCCAUCGCACCCUCAGUUCAGCUGGACAGAGGCUCAGGUGACACCAGCCUUCACUGUCUUCUGCUCUCCAGGAGCUUAUCUUCACCCCAACUCCCAAAUAAGUGGGCCCUUGUGCUGUGAGGGAGACCAAAGCCUCAGGGAAGAUAAGAGAUACAGAAAUGGGAGGGGGAGGACAAGGGGCAGAGAGUAGGGUCUAGCUGGCUAUCUCUGGCCUUACUAACACCCCCCUGGAGGCAUGCCCCUUUUCUCCAGCACGCAAGCACAUUGGGGCACCUGGAAAUAUUGGUUCUAGGCUCCUGUUCUCUGGACUUCAGAUCCUGGGGGAGCCCCUCCCCACUGAAUCCCUGGCUUAGCUACCUUCCUGCCUGUGCACCUAAAAACCUCAGGUCAGAACUAGGAAAAGAGUUUUGUUUUUUAUUUUUUUGAGAUGGAGUCUCGCUCUGUCGCCCAGGCUGGGGUGCAGUAGUGCAGUCUCCGCUCACUACAACCUCCACCCCCUGGAGCUCAAGCCAUCCUCCCACCUCAGCCCCCCAAGUAGCUGGGACUACAGGCGUGCACCACCACACCUGGCUAAUGUUUGUAUUUUUUGUAGACACAGGGUUUCGCCAUGUUGCCCAGGCUGGUCUUGAAUUCCUGAGCUCAAGCGACCUGCCGGCCUCAGCCUCCCAAAGUACUGGGAUUACAGGCAGAAGGCACCACGCCCAGGCUAGAUGUGUCUUACCCCAAUCCUUUGGCAGGCAUGCAGCUCCACAGGCGAUUUCUUCAAGCAGCUGAAGUGUUUAGCUCUCCUGGGUUAAGAGCCAGAUAAGGAGAAAUCCCUUUCCUAGGUUUGGAAUGUGUUGUGAAAAAAAAGAGAAACCCCUGGCUCCUGGAGCUGGUGGGAGACAAGAUUAGGCAAACCUCCCCCGACAUGUAUCCCUUUGACCCCAAGCUCUGCCUCCUCCCUGACCACCCAUGCCCUUUCCUUUAACUUCUCAAACAGAUACCAGGGCCUAAACUGCUUUACCUCCCCUCUUACUGAGUCAGGUUAGGGGGUGGGAGGUCACCCAUUUCCGAGUUAAACCAAUGCAAUAUGAGUAAAACAAGGUCAUGCGGGUAUGUCUGGGGUAGAGAAAGGGGUAGCAAGUUCAUAUGGCCUCCUUGGUCACAUCUCCCAAAGCUCUGAUCCCUGCCAUGGGAAGGGAGACAUGAGGUCAUCACCUGCAGGCACCUUUACUGCAACUCUGCCAGCCUGGCGGGGGAGGAGGGGAGGAAGGAGUAUGGGCUGCACAUUUCUGAGGCUACUGCAUUUGCUUUCAAGGCAGAAAUCUUGCUCUGAGCAGUCAGCGGCUCCAGUUUGGGCCCGAUAAAGAAGUUCUCCGUGGUCUCUCCCACGCAGAGCAGGGAGGAGGCUGACAUUGCCCGUCUCUUCUGGGGCCCAAGGCAGGUUGCAGGAGAUCCAAUCCCGUAGACAGCUCUGGGCCUCUUGCAUUUGAGUUUUUCAGAAUUAAACUGCAGUAUUUUGGAAAGCA